UCUGCUCCUGUCCCUGGGGACCUGCAGGAGUCGCUACCCACUUCAAGCCAGAGUUGGGUCAGCCAGACCCACCCACCUCAACCUUUGGGUGGAAGAUUAGCAUUUCCUGCUUCCUGAGUUGCUGGCUCCUGGCCUUGGAAGGGAGUGGCUGAGCUGGGGAGUCUGAGCUGCUGCAGGGAGAGGACCUGCAUGCCCAGCACAGCUCCUGCGCCAUGAACCGCGGCCAACCUAGCCUAGAGCCCCAGGCCAAGGGACCAUGUGUGAUUGCGCCGGUACGUGCUGUGCUGCAGCUGCGCCGCCGAGUCUGUGUCCUGCGCAAGAGGCGCCUCUUGCAGCCAGGCACCGAACCUGACACCGAAACGGGGGCUCUAAGGCCCAGCGGCAGCGUGGGGACUCUGCGUGCAAACCUAGACCAACCUAAAUUCUUCACCUUCGACAGCCUGACGGAGCUGUCUUCCAGGAUGCCCCGCAAGAGGCGCAGACGUAGUCGGGUAGUGCUCUACCCUGAAACCUCACGGAAGUACCGACCCCGCACAGAGAGCCAGAGCCGUGCACAGCGUUGUCUGCUGCUGCUUGUAGCCAUCGUGGGGUUCCAGGUUCUCAAUGCCAUUGAGAAUCUGGACGAUAAUGCACAACGUUAUGACCUCGAUGGGCUGGAGAAGGCGCUGCAGCGUUCCGUGUUUGGUCAGCCAGCUGCUGUGAGCCGCAUCAUGGCCCUGCUGCGGGACUACCUGGCUACACAUGUGCACAGUCAUCCCUUACUCCUGGCGCUGCAUGGGCCCAGUGGGGUAGGCAAGAGUCAUGUUGGGCGCCUCCUGGCACACCACUUCCGCGCAGUGCUGGAGGAUGGUGCGUUGGUUCUGCAGUACCACGCAAGACAUCACUGUCCAGAGCCACGCCCAGUUCAGGAGUGCCGAAAGGAGCUUGCACAGCGUGUGGCGGAUGUAGUGGCACAGGCAGAGGCCGAGGAGAAGAUCCCUCUCUUGGUCCUAGAUGAGGCUGAACUCUUACCACCUGCGCUGCUGGAUGAGCUGCAUGACCUCCUGCAGCCACAGCGCUCGUACCAUUUCCACAACGCUAUCUAUGUACUCUUAAGUGGCACUGGCGGUAUAGAGAUAACACACUUUGUGCUGCAGAACGCAUCACGUAUGUUGCCCCCACACCUUCACAGUGCAGGCAGCACUCAGGCUGUGGAGUCACAGGUGGAGGAAGAGUUACAGAGCAGCCUUCAGGAGCUCCUGGCCCGAGAACACCCUUUGUGGCACACUGCAGCCAUUGUGCCCUUCCUGCUAUUGGACAAGCCAGAUGUGGUCAACUGCUUCCGAGAAGAGAUGGCAGGGGAGGGCUUUUAUCCUGAGCAGGCACUGGCAGAACAUCUGGCAGAGCAGCUCAGCUACUACCAGGUUGCUGGACAUGAGUUUGCCAUCACUGGCUGCAAGCAGGUCGUAGCCAAGGUUAACCUCUUACAGCACAAGCCUGCACAUGCUGGACACUAGCCAGUGGCCCCAGGCAUUUGAACUGUUGAAAAAAACAGCACAGAUGUCAGGUGAUUUGUAGCCCCCAAGCUGCUUCACUCCAGGAGCUGGGGGUGGGGGGUAAUGCAGUGGCUCAGAUGUGAGCUCCCCACUUCCUCUUCCACCACUGAGCCUUGAGAUUCCCUAGUGUUGUCAGGAAAGCAGCUACCUUCCUUUAUGUAGCCUGGUCUCCCUCCUCAGCUCCCAGUAUCUUGUCUUAGGGCCUCCCAUGACCCUAGGAGGGGACAGUGUGCACUUACGGUACAGAUUAUCUCAGAGGGUGAGUAGCAUGGUAGGAACCUUUGGAACAUGUGGCAGCCUCCAUGCCUCUUACAAACACCUAGUCAUCCCUUGAAUGCCUCCUUAGGUUAGAGAUCAGAAGGUGGGGGAAUGCUUCUCCAGGCCGGCCUGAGAAGGCACUGGGAGAGAUAGGUGUGUGCAAACCAGUGUGUGGAUCCAGUGUAAUCCCUCAGAUGCCCUGGAGCAUGGACUAUGCAGAGAUCCAGCCUCUGGAGACUAGCUGCUUGUUAGCUCCAGAGACAGACAUGUAUAAUACUUUGGAACCAGCUACAAGCUUCAGGGUCCUUCCUGCUCACCAGAAGCUAUAGAGGAGGACCCCUCCAGAGGGGAAAUGUGUCUCCGCCACCCUGGAAAGAUCUCCUGGGAAACCACCCAAGCUCAGGUUUUCCUAGAAAGGACCACUAGACUUUAGUCUGUCCUAGUGCUGAGGGACACUCUCCUUCUACUGGCCCCUUCCUGCCACCAGCUCUGGAGUAACAGCAAACAAUGGCCUCGGUAGAAGUGAAAAGAGCCUUGAUGUUCUCUGUUUGCAGGAAGCACCAAGUGUGCUUGAGGCCCAGUGAGGUGGGGUAGGGUAGGAGGUCAGGCUCUUGGUUGUACCCAAAGAAUGACCAAAGGAGACAAAGCCUCUGCCUGCCUGUUCUGGGCUGAAUGUGGAGAUCUUUUUUCUUUGGCAUUAUAACCUACUGGCUACCACAGUUAGGUGUGGAUGAGACUCCCUGUAGCUUUUGGUGUCUCAGGUUCACUCUCAACUCCAUCUGCAUGGAGUUUUCUUGGCGUGAGGCUUCUUAGUGCUCUGUCAACUUCUGUGCUGCCUCCUGGUGGCUACGCUCAGCCCUUGCUUGUGAAUGAUCAUCAUUGUGGGUUAGAAAGUGGUGCACCCAAAAACAGGGCUUAGGGGCACUGCAAGGGGUGACACCAGAAGAGGUUAGAGAGGAGGAACCCCUCACUGGGCCUGAUGUGUCCUUCCCCACACUGGGGAGACCUGCAGCAAAACCACCCAGGUUCAGAUUUCUCCAGAGAAGAUCACUAGCCAGCUGGCUCCUUAAGGAGGCCCUGCACAUUUCAUUGUCUCCCAUCCAACUUGCUCCAGCCAUGGUCUGAGGAUCUGUGUGGUGCAGGAUUGAGAAAAGAAUUUUGUAGAUAGAUACCCUCACCUGCAGAGCCCUGCACAGAGAUCUUAUGCCAGGGAAGUGAUCAGCCCUAGGAUUCCUUCCUGCUCUGGGGUCUCCCAGAAGUCGGAAGGUUUGGAGAGGGUUACAAAGGGAUAUUGAGGGUAGGAUAGCCAGACCUGGAAUCCAAGAGCUAGGUUCCAUCCACUAAGGUUCACCUGCUGAGCCACAGGGAAGGGAGAGGUUUUUGAUCUGCUUUUAGGACUUGUAAGUUGAUGCUUCAAAGGCUGAGUAUGCAUGACCUGCAGAGUGGGGAUGCUGGUCAGUCCUUACAGGAUGAUGCUGGGGUCCUCAGCACUCCUCAAGAAGGCCCCCACGAUUGUCACCUGAAAACCUACCUAGAAGUAUCUCCUAGUCAGCCAUGUGUCUCUUGUAUUCAUUCACUUAACACAUACAGAACAUUGGUUUAGUGAAUAUCCAAACCUAUGCAAAGCUUCCUUUUUAUUUAUUUAUAAAACAGUACAUCUCUAAAAUAAUUUCAUGGAGGCCAAUUUCUGGUCUUAAGAGGCAGGCAUACAAUGCUGAGCAGGUUGAAUCAUGCUUGUGAAUAAACUGCAGUUCAGAUCUAA